AUGUCUACAAAGUUUCCAGAGAUCCAGGGAGGGGGAUCCCUGAUUCUCGCGUGGCAAAUCAAGGGCAAAGAAGUCCUAGUUGUAGGCGGCGGCGAAGUCGCUGCUGGUCGUAUUGUCAACCUCCUUAAUGCUGACGCCAAAGUCACGGUUGUCUGUCCUCGUCAGGGGCUCAAUGAAGAGGUGGCAUACCGGGUCAACAAUGGGCAGGUGAAGCACGUUGACCGCGUCUUCUUACCUCUUGAUCUCGAACCUGAAAAGAAAGUCGCCAUGGUGUUGACAGCCAUCGACGACCCUGAUGCCUCUACACGAAUCUGGAAAUAUUGCAAGCAGAUGAAAGUGCCCGCCAAUAUCGCAGACGUCCCCCCAGAAUGUGAUUUUUACUUUGGCAGUGUUCAUCGCGACGGUCCCCUCCAGAUCAUGGUCUCAACGAACGGCAACGGGCCCAGAAUGGCUGCCGCCAUCCGACGACAGAUCGGCCAGAUGCUUCCCGAAGGCACAGGAGCCAGCAUCGAGAGAGUCGGUCAACUCAGACGAAAACUGCGUAAGGUUGCGUCUGGGAAAACCAGUCGAGACAUCAGCAAAAGAAUGGCAUGGAUGAGUGAGGUGUGCGACAAAUGGAGCGCUGCUGAUUUUAACGAUAUGGACGAUGAGGAUAUGGACAGACUGGUUCGAUAUCACGAGUCUGGCGAAGUACCAAGUUUCGAGGAUAUUCGUCUUGGAGCCCGCGACGAGGUUGUUUGGGAAUUUGACGGUUCUUUUGGAUGGAUGUAA